UUUCAUGUAUGCACAUAAAAGAGCUCCAAAUGAAAUUGAUAUAUAUACAGAUUGGCCAGAAUUUACUAAACAGUUUAAAACUCCAAUGGCAUUAUUAUAUGAUAAGGGAUUUGAGAAUCUUAAAGUAUGGAGAUUCCCAGUAUUAGCAGAAUGA